AUGCGGAGGACUAAGCAGAGUGAACGUAAAGCAACAAUCGCCUCAGACUCCCCUCUGACCGACAUUCCUGAGUAUGCGUCAGAAAUAGAGCAACAGGCGUUUAGCAGGAUCAAGCAAUGGAAGAACAGCUUUGCUCUGAAAUUGAAUAAUGUUCUUGGGGAGCGAUUUCAGGAAGUGGUUGCGAAGAAGGAAGAAGAAUCAUGGCGAAAGAAGAAGCCAAAAGUUUUAAAUGUUCCCAUGAACUUGUCUGAUCAAGAAAUAGGACAACUGAGAAACAAAAUACUUCUGGAAUUGAAGCAAAAAUCAGCUGGGGGCGGCAGACAAUGA